GCUUUGGAGAAUAAAAGAAAACUUGUGAAAAGGAAUCCAGUGUUUACAAAAAAAUUGUCGGCUGAUCAAAUCAACCUCAGUGUACUGAAGGGCGAAGGAGAGUUGAAAUCGCUCGAACUGGAUGAAACAACUUUGAUGGAGUUACUCGAUCUACCAACUUGGCUUUAUCUGAGAAAAGCACAUUGUUCUAACAUAUCCUUCAAAGUGUGUCUUAUACGAUGGACAAAACUGGAAACUCAUCCGGUUUCUGUGGUAAUUGAUCGUGUAGAUGUGGAGCUGGAAGCGUUGGAAGAACCAAGACCUGCAAAGGAUUCUAUAUUUUUAUCCCGUUUGACAUUAGUGAGCAAAACGCCCAAAUGGCAAAAUGGUGCUUUGAAUCUCACGAGCCUUCCGUUUCCAGCAGGUGAUGCAGUUCUGAUAUUCAAAGAAAUUUCGUGGGAUUCCAUUCGCCUUGUUGCUGAUGGCCUGUUAAGUGAAUUAAACGGGAUCCCUGUGAAACUGAUCACCAACACUGGUAGAAUUCGACUCACGCUAAAGAAACGCCUUAGUGGUAAGAACUUUGUGUUAUUUAACUUCCUACAUUUUUGUUUCUGUUCCUUUCAUUCUUUGUGUACUAUGGUAGUCAUAUUUUUUGUUAGUAAUUUCCAUUUUCAAUUGAAGACAUUUUUAGACAGUUUCUUAACGAUAUUCCGUUGCUGA